AUGCAUGAGCCCGAUAGAUGGUUUAAAGUCCGCAGUCAUCUCGUUUCCUUUGACCUAUAUUUUCAGAACGGACAUAUUCACUAUCGCGUGUUUUUCGCAGAAAAUGUGGAAGAAGAAACAAUGUCACUCUCUGACGCUUCCAAGCUUGUAGGUUUGUCGUACCUGCUAUAUGUUGUGGAUCUCUUUCAUUCAGUUCUGAAGCUUCCAAAAACGAGUGCUUUGCAGGCUGCUUUCUUCAACUCGAAAUUCUUUCCAACCGAGAAAAACAAAAAGUUUUUGACCCACCAAAUCGUUCUGGCAUUCCAUGUGGUCAUUUUGGAGCGCAUCGUUUCGAAUUCGAAACAACACAUCUGUUACUUGGUGUUCGUCAUACGAAUCGAAAAAGGUCGACAAAAACAUCAUCUCAGCGAGAACGAGCUGUACCUGGUCGCCGAAAAGCUAGGCGCAGUACAUGCGAUCAACACUGCAUCUAUGGCACCAGAGUUUCUCCGAGUGAUCGAAGAGAAUCACGAGAACAUUCGCCGUUACCAGGUCUCCAUUGAGCCUCAGCUACUUGGCAUUUUAAAGGAAGCGCUCAGGGGCGAAUUAUCUCAUUACUUUUCUUUGCCAAUGGAGGUCAUACCAAGGCUGGAGGCUAUUCUCAAACACAACGACGACUUCACCGAACCAUCAGAGCGUGUCAUUUGCCAUGGUCAUCUCACAGCGGAAAACUGCCAUUUCAAGGACAUAUCGCAGUACAGUAGUGGUGUUGGACCUCAUGAGAACGAAGUGGUUGAUAUCAGCGAUUGGGAGAACGUGCACUUCGGCGACGUUGCUCUCGACCUCUCUAACCUCAUUAUUUCUUCAGCUGAACCGAGUGUGAGGAGAAAUAAGUACAUGUCGAUCUUUCGCCGUUACUACUACUCCCGUGUGGAUUACCGCCCAACGAAUUUCCGUCUUGCCGAUCUCAAGAGACUUUUCCGCAAGCAUCACAAACAUGCUGUGGAUUAUUAUUUGUCGGUGUAUCAUUGA